GAGAGGAACGGAGCUGCCCCAGAGCCUCUACUUGUUGCUCCUUGAUGAUGUUAGCCUGUAGCUAACGCCAGCUACCAAAUAUCAACAGGAAGUAACAGCUAGCUAAAUUCCAAUGUCUUGCACUGUGGUUUCUCCAGGUAUGAACUGUACCUUAGAGAAGGUCCUGGCUGAUGCCAAAUCAUUAGUGGAAAGGCUUCGUAACCAUGACAACGCUGCUGAGAUGUUAAUUGAACAGACAACAACUCUCAACAAGCGAGUGGAUGCCAUGAAACAGUACCAAGAGGAGAUCGACGCACUGAAUCAGGUUGCCCGGCAUCGGCCUCGUUCCAGUCUGGUUCUGGGAAUCCAACAGGAAAACCGUCAGAUCAGAGAGCUCCAGCAAGAAAACAAAGAGCUAAGAACAUCGUUGGAGGAACACCAGUCUGCGUUAGAGCUCAUCAUGACCAAAUACAGGGAGCAGGUGUUCAGGCUUCUCAUGGCCAGCAAGAGGGACGACCCAGCUAUCGUCACCCAGCUGAAGGAGCAGCACACCACGGAAAUGCAAGCACACAUAGACAAGAUCAAUGAGAUGGCCUCUGUGAUGAGGAAGGCCAUAGAGGUGGACGAGGGGCGGAUAUGUGAAGAUGAAGAGAGGAUUAAACAGCUGGAGCUGGAGAACAGUGGACUCAGAGAGCUGCUGGGAAUCAGUCGUGAAGCUUUCCUGGUUCUAAAGAGGGAGGACCAGUCAGAGAGCACGUCGCUGUCGCCGCUGCUCACCAGCGCUGACGUCAGCUUACGAAAGAGUUAGAGCCCCGGGGUGACUCCCAGACCCUCCCCUGCCCCUGCCCCUGCCCCUGCCCCUGCUGCUGCCACUACAGUGUACAGUGUGUACAGUCUGUUGCCACAUACCACUUCACCUUUCAUCCUACAGACUCUGCAGACCAAGAGUCUCCUGGUGCAUUAACGGCACGAUGCUCCAGAGCUGCAGCCCCGUCUGGUGACUCAGACACAAGCAUCCUUCUCUCUUUUUUUUCUGUUUGUUGGUAUUUCUGUAAUGUUUGCUAAUUUUGCCAGCAUGCAUGAGCCUGUGGUGCCUGCGAGGUUUUAAAGUGUGAAUGAGUCAAAGAAGGGCUUGAGUUCAAAUAAAUCUGAAAACAUGAAA